CAUGACAUCAUGCUUUUUCGGGUCAAAUAUCAUUCUUAGAAUUCAUGCCGUUUAAACGGUUAUACACGAGGAAGAUAAUUACAGCUGUUGUGUUACACUUAUUUCUUUAUUUUAAGCAGAUAAAUAUCAUUCAUCGACUUCCGAUUAAAUCUAGGUUACAAUGUAGUUUGAAAUAGUAUAUUUCGGAGUGUUAUUCAUUUAUUUGAACAGUUGUAGGUCAACUUUAAAGAUGAAAUAAGACUCUAUAGUGUUGUUGUUGGUCGGAAGUAAAACCAAAAGGAAAUAUGAAUGUGCACACUGGGCUGUUGGUUUUAUUGGGUUGUCAUAUGGCUGCGUCUGUCUGCAAACAACAAUGUAUUUACUGUUCAUGUGAAGCUGAGGGAAAUCCAUGUGCAGAGAUUUGGGCAGAAAACUGUAACGUAUUUAUCAACAGUACUGUAAAUAUAACAUGUCAAUUGAAUGAAUCUUAUAAAGAAGCUAAUUCUAGUACUUUGUACUUCGAAAGUGACAACAGUAAACUGGAAAACGACCAUAUUACUGUAGUCAACCAAACAACAGCAGUAUUACAACAUGUUGUUACAGUUAAUGACAUACAGAAUAAUUUCUACUGUAGAACAACGACACAUUCAUCUCAUAGGCUUUGGAAGAUUCAAUUUUUGUAUAUAGAUUAUUCUCCACAAGAAAUUGUCAAUUUCUCAUGUAUUUGGGAGGGUAUGGAGGCAGGUUCAUUACAGUGCUUCUGGGAACACCCUGUAAAAUAUAGAACCCCAAACUUCAUCAAUGUUUCAUUUGAAUGGAAAAGUAAAAGCAAAAAUCAAUUCCAAAAUAAUUGUUCCAAGGUUCUCGAUAAAACGAGGUGUGACGACAUAACAGAGAAUAUAUACGGAUUAAACCAAUUCUUCAGAAUAAAUGUAACAAACACGAAAUUACAUGCAACAAAAACUACACUGAUAGAAAAUCGAUAUCCAAAUGAUAUAAGAAAAUUAUACGCUAAACCUUUCAAAAUGGAAAACGUGACGGUUCUGGAGAAAAAUAAGACCGUCAUUCAAUUGAAAUGGGACACAAAAGAAAAACCCAGAGACGGUAACAAUAAACCUAGAAUGGAAUAUACAAUCAAAUACAUUUUAGAAAAUGGAACAAGAACGGUAAACACAUUUCAUAGAUCAUUGCUGAUUCAGGACUUACAAAUAUACACUUUGUAUAAGUUUGAAGUUUUUGCCCAUUACACAGACAUAUUUACCCACACAAAACCAAUAGGUCUACCAAGUGAUUCAGUUUAUCUACAGGCAAGAACAGCACAAUAUGUUGGGAAAUUUCCUCCAAGAGUGACAGUUGGAGCGAUUGAAUAUGCAGAAAAGGCUCAUUCAAAAGUCAGAAACAUUACAGUUUAUUGGCAGAAUUUCAACGAGAUGGAGGAAAAUGGACCGAUCGUUGAAUUUUUAGUAAUACUUGAAACUAUUGGAGAUGAACCUAUUGCUCAUGGGAUUGCUUCAUCUAACGCGUCACAGCAUACGUUCACAAAUAUUCAGUCUGUAAAAAAUGGCAGUGUAAGAAUAAAGGCAGGAACAACAUUUGGAAUGUCUGAUCCUAGCAAUCCAGUAUACAUCCAAAAAGUAGACACCCUACAGCCUCCAGAAUUUUUACUUGAAAAAAAAUUAAACACAGAUAUUUUGAUAUCAUGGCAAGACAGAAAUAUCGGAGGAGUAAAAAAUUAUACUAUUUACUGGUGUGAAAGAACGAAUGGAUGUGAGAAACAGAUUCAAUGGAAAACUAUCUCAGUUGAUGAAACUUCGUAUACUGUAGAUAAUUUGGAUACUGAAAAGAAUUAUUUAUUUGGUGUUUCAAUGGAUAGGGAAAACGGAAGUACAGGGUUCUCAUGGAAAAGUUGUUAUUACAUUAGAAAUGAAGUUCCACAAAAACCAAAUAGUGUAAAUGUGCAGAAUCAUGAUCAACAAUCGAUAACAGUUGUUUGGACAAGACCAGGGACUUGUGAACGUUCACCUUUUGUUAAAUUUUAUAUUUUGUAUUGGUGCCAACUUGCCGAAAUAGGUGAUGAAUGUAUAUUUGGUACAAAUACCUCUACGAGAGUCAACACAUCUAUUACUGAAGUACAAAUGAAAUAUAUCAUAAGAAACCUUAGGAGUGGAACUAGGUAUGUCGUUUGGUUAAUGGCAGUGUCGUCUGAUGGAAAACAAAGUGCAGAGGGAACGAAAAAUUACAAUGUUACAACAAUGGAUCCAUUACAGCCCGAAACAAGUUUCAAAUACUUAGGAGCUGCUAUUGGAAUACCUUUAGUUUUAAUACUGUUAGUGAUAUUUAUACUAGCAGCACAGAUCAGGUUUGAUUUGUGUGGAAAGAUCAAGGAAAUGAGUAAACCGUUUGACAUAGAUGUACCAACAAUUAAUAGGAAUGAAAAAAGUGGAAUGUACAGGCCCUGCACCUUAAAACUGGGUUUAAAUGGUCAAGACAAUAAAUCAUUGGACAUUUCAAGUGAAGAAAACAGAAACCAAGUACCCACUAUUAGUGAAUCAGUGGAUAGUGAAGAACAGACCAGCUUUAGUUUUCACAGUCCAACAUUUACCACUGAUGAAAUUAAUCUGAACACCAAUCAACAUGCUGAGACAGGAUAUUGUUCCCGAAACGAUAUAGCUGAAAUUGACAAUCUGAAUACUUCGAUACAACACCAAAAUUCUUUGUCCAUACCAGAUGAUUCAGCACCAGAAUAUUCUGCCAGUUCAUUGUUUCCGUUGUUUCCUGUUUCCUGCCUUUCUUCUCUACUUAUGACGAAACAUGAAUCCCCUGAAAAGUCCAACCAAAGACCUAAAGACAUCCUUGAAGGAUCUGCUUCAAGUUCGUUAAAUGAUUUUGAGAAAAUCAGCAAACAUUUGUCACAUCCAUCUUUCACCACCCAAAAUAACGAAAUACAAUUAGAACUAGAUAGUUCAGAAGAAGAAAAUCAGGGUGACAACAAAGGUGAUGAUAUUCAAAACAAACAUCCAGCAACAGUAUCUUCAAAUAGUGGAUAUGUUUCCAAUAAAUGUUUCCCUGUCAAUACACCCGACCUGUUAAGUUCGGGGAUUGGAACCUGCUCUCCUUUAGAUAGCGUUAACUGUUCAACAGAAAAUAUAUUAGCUAGCCAGCUAAACAGCUCUAGUGUUUUAACCAGUGGAUAUAUAACACACCUUCCCUUACAGAUAUAUCCUGGAAGCUGUCUUCCGAAUGAUUCGUUGGUGGGAGGUCUUAAAAGUUAUAGUUCAUCGGAGUCAAUGGAAUGUCUUGAUGAAAGAAGUUGUCCUACCAAAAGAAUUGAUGGUAAAACCUCGAUUAACAUUGUUGAAGAUCUAGACUAUUCUGUACUACGCAACCAUCCUUUGUCAUCCCUUGAUGAGUCUUUAUCUGUCACACCACCAAUAUUAAUAAGGAAAAAUAAUAAUUGCAGUUUGAGUUGUGAAGAUAACGCUACUAAUGUCCAUAUUCCAAUACAUUCAAUCAAAAAUAACUUAGCGAAUGAUUUUAUCCAUCUUAUGCCAGAUGGCAAAAUAAAUAAUGGAUCACAAAUCAUGCCAGAGUGUAUUCAUCCAGCAACAAAUAAUCCGAACAAUGAUGCAGAAGUGGUACAAGAAACAUCCUCAAACAAGAAUGACAAUGACAUCAUAAAUGCCAGUACUAACAACAAUAAAGAUGGAUACGUUUGCCAUCAUGACCUUGAAAAACAUCUUAGUGGUGGUUAUGGCAAUAAUUUAUGCGAUGAUAACGUUCUAGGUGAAAUCACAUGAUCUGAUCUUCUUUAGUGAAGACUGUUUCAUUUCACACAACAAAAGACACAAGGCAAAAGCACUAUUCGAUCACAAAUGAUGCCAGAGAUUAUCUUUCCCGCAAUAUAUACUUCGUAGGUUAGAGAUUAUCUUUCCAGCAAUAUAUACUUCGUAGGUUAGAGAUUGUCUUUCCAACAAUAGAUAUUCCGUAGAUUAUUGAAACAGUAAUACCUGAAAAUUUCUGCGACAAAAAGACAAUGACAUUGUAGUAUCAGUACUGCUAUAAGUUAUAGGGUUGAUACUUUCGUUGUUGUGAUCUUCCUUAAGAUCAAAAUGGUAGUUAUUGCAACAAUUUAUUGGAGAAAAACGUUUUAAAUGAAAUUUUAUACGACAUGCACGUACAUAAACGUAUAUCAUCUUUUAGAAUAGUUGAUAUAACAAGUGCUGUAAAUUUGUUAAAUAUCACAAUCGUCUUGUUCAAUGAUUUUACCACCAGUCAUGCAAUUUCUUAUUUUUUAAGUUUAUUUGUUUCACGUGUAUAUCAAUGUUUAAACUAAUACGGAUGAGGUAUACCGAAUUUUGUAGGCUUUUACUUAUCAGUGGAUGAUUAUGAUUGCAUUAUUUAUGCUGUACCGACCAAUUGUUGUCACUUUUUGUGCUUAUUUUUGCAUGCCAGAUGAUGAAAGAGGAGGUUACUUUUACAUUGGAGUCUUCGUUUCACACAAAAACAAUAAUCAAUUUGUAGAUACGAAAGAUAGAAAAUGUUAACUUGGUGACGACUGCCUAAUAGAUAUAUACAUUUAAUGGACUUUCAAACAAGUGAAACAGGAACAUUUAGUCGAAUGGUUUAAAGAUAUUUUUGCUUUUAAUCAGCAACACUAACAAAUUUUUAAAAUAAGGAAGCAUAUUUUUUUCUGCUCUUUAUUGACGUUUUAAAUUGAAGUUUUCUUGAACAAUCUUUUCAAAGAUAUCAGGCUAAAAAUUUAUUAAAGACGUGCAUUAAAAACACAAAAGCCCUAUAAUACUUUAUUUCCCAAAGCAAUACAGCUUAUAGACAUAUAACAAAAUAUAACUUAAAUUUUAAUACACACCUUCAUGUAUAAACAGUAAAAUAUAGCGAAUAAUAUUGAAAUACAAUUGUAUAAUAAUAGUAGCGGAGCAUGAUACACAACAUUUAUAAGUUUUUCAGCAGCAAACAAUUAUUUCCCUUUAUAAUUAAAUUCUUUUACAUUUUGUAUUGAUAAUAAGGGAACAAGUUUUAAAGUUUACGGUUUUCUCCAAAAGUAUUGUUUUAUAUAUGGUUUACGUUUAUCUUUCAAUAUAAGAAUAAAAUGAAACUCAUCUUCAAUUCAUCUAUUGUUACAUAUUGUACAAUAUCAAUCAAAGAUGUUAGGCUUAUCAUGUGGUAUACAAUAUUGCAAUGUAUGUUUCAAAAUCAGCAUUUGUAGUGCUCUUUUCAAAAUAGUGGGAAUGGCAUCUCAGUUAAAGAGGUGUUAGUCGAUAAUUUGCAAAUGGAAAGCUAAUUUUAUUGUAUCCUCUAACCAUUAUUUAUAGCAAACUGUAACUCUUUAAUCAUGUUGGGGCCUCCUUCUGUACAUUGUUCAUUUUAGGUUUGCAUUCACCAUUAAUAAUUUUUUAUUAGUGUCAAAAAUCUUUUUUAAUGGCAGCCAGUUUUACAACUUUUUUAAGGAUGUUCGCUACCCUUGUUUUUGACUUUUUGUCAGAUAUUCGGAAUCCUCUAGUUUUAUACAUAUAGUGCAAAUAAAAAAAUUGUUUGCUUACAACUUCUUUUCUUUUCAUAAUUUUAUAACAUAUAGUUAAAAACUCCAUUUUUGAAAAUCUUAUAAAAUCCUUGUUAAUUAUUCAUUGUUUUUGAAAGAAAACAGAUCCAAUUGUUAAAUGUAUGAAAAAUCUAGGGAGAAUAGUUUCCCGCCAAAUUUUCAGUUGAUUAUAUCUCAAAAACAAGGACACUGGCCUAUCAUUUUUUUCUAAUGUUUGAAAGAAAACAGGUCCCAAUGUUAAAUGUAUGAAAAAUCUAGGGAGAAUAAUUUCCCGCCAACUUUUCAAUUUAUUAUAUCUCAAAAACAAGGACACUGGCCUAUCAUUUUUUUCUAAUGUUCAAGUUCCUUUUUCUAUAUUCUUUCCAUUUAUAAUAGUCUUUUAAAAGGCUUGUAUUUUGAAGCCGAGGAGCGAACAUCCUUAAAGAAUAUUUUUAUUACAAUGUACAGUUUUACAAAUCAUCAUUGAUUGAUAUUUACCUCGGUAGUAGUCUAGUUUUUAUCCAUCAAUGUCUCAGAGUUUCGAUGUUGGUUAUUGGAAUAGUAUGCAAAGACAAAGAUUUGCUUUUAUUUCUUUAUUCAAUUGCUUCAAUUUAAGGUUUUAUUUGUGUGUUCAGUAGAUACAGUUACGGGUACGUUUAUCAUGAUACUGUUCAGAAGGAAAAUAUAUAAUUUACACAUUAUUGGUGCGACCGAACUGCUUUUCCGAAUUCUUCCUUAUCAGGAACGCUCACAUCCAAAAUUUUGAAAGUAUAGGAUAUAUAAGUAUUUGAAUACGUGAGGACCUUAAUGACUAAAUACCUGGUAUUUUUAGAAUAUUUGAAAAAAAAUUAAAAUCCUGUGGACAACACCUCUAGUAUGUGUAGAAACAUCCUACAAAAUAGUAAAACUGUAGCUCAAAAACUGUAGGAGGAGAUAGUCGGACAUAUCGUGUAUCUAUAUCAAGAUGGACGGACAGGGGUAACUAAAAGAGACAAGAAAUAAAUAGCAAAAUCCCUCUAAGAUAGCAUUUUCAUGAUGGUGUGUUGAACAGUUUCUUUUUGAUAAUUUAUCAACAGAGAAUUAAAACAUACUCAAUCACAAAGCAUUAUAUCUGACUUAUCUUUUUUCAUUGUAAAGAAUGACACAUCAAUUUUUUUAUUUCAAAGGUUUUCAAUAAAGCAAAACCAUUCAACUGUUGUUAUGUACCUUAUUUUCUUAAUGAGCAUUUAAAAUAUUUAAGAGAGAGAGAGAGAGAGAGAGAGAGAGAGAGCAUCAACAAACAUGACACAAUUCUGUUGUGUUGAAAUUCUUCGUUUGUAUGCAUGACUGUUUUUAGUUUUUAAGUUAGAGAUAUUAUUUUCCAAUACCCCAUAUUAUGCAUUAUUCGUGUUAUUCACCCUCUGAUGCACUGCUCAGAAAUUUAAAUAUUGCAGGUAUUAUCGUUAACAAUAUAUAUACUUUUAUGUUACUUUUUAUAGGUAUUAAUUAUGUUUUAAUUGUAUAUUUUUUUUAAUUACAAAUUGAAUAUACAUUUUGUGUUUCUUUGUUGAUACAGUUAUAUGUUUUUAUAGUGAUUAAGAUUAUUAUUACAAUGUUGACUGCUGUACACCAUUUUUUGACGUUUUUACCUAUUAUGUCUGUCUGUUUUCCUCACACAUUGUUGUCAAUAUAAUGGAAUUCAAUGCGACUGUUAUACAAGUCAGAGGUUUACCUAGCUAUAAAACCAGGUUUAAUCCACCAUUUAAUACAUAAGGAAAUGCCUGUACCAAGUCAGGAAUAUGACAGUUGUUUCCUUUUCGUUAGAUGUGAUUGAGCUUUUGAUUUUGCCAUUUUAUAAAGGACUUUCCGUUUUGAAUUUCCCUUGCAAUUCGGUAUUUUUGUUAUUUUACUUAUAGCUUUUUAAUGUAUUUUUACAGACAUUUAUAGAACUGGUAAUUCAAAAUACACAAUUGUACUUAUGCGUUGAUAAAACAAUAUGUAUAAUAUAUAAUGUUUAAUACUAUUGUUCAUAACUUUAUAUAAUGUUUUAUUCUAUUGUUCAUAACUUUAUAUAAUGUUUUUAUACUAUUGUACAUGUGCUGAUGCAACGUUAAGCAACCAACAAUCAAUCAAUAUUGUACAUACUUUUAGAAAAAUUUGAUAAAAUACAUUAGAAAGACA